UGAUGGGUCACGUUGAAAGUGGCGGUUCAUUUUUUGCUGCAGUUACACUCGCACUCCACCUCGUAACAGCAACCAUCCUUUUCCUUCCCCCAUCUUCUUUAAACAGCGCUGUUAGAAUCGUUAGGGUUCGUAGGGACGGCACGGGGGAUUUCAGGACGGUGACGGAGGCCGUCAACAGCAUUCCUUCAGGGAACAAGCGGCGAGUGGUGGUGUGGAUCGGAAUUGGCGAGUACCGCGAGAAGAUAACAGUCGAUAGGUCCAAACCUUUCGUCACGUUUUAUGGAGAGAGAAAUGACAGCGACACCCACACCAUGCCCAUCAUAACGUACCACGCCACCGCGUUAAGGUAUGGGACAGUCGACAGCGCCACCGUCGCUGUCGACUCCGACUACUUCGUCGCUGUCAAUGUCGCUUUUGUGAACUCGUCUCCAAGGCCAGAUGAAAAGAGUGUUGGAGCACAGGCAGUAGCCAUGAGGAUAUCAGGGGACAAGGCUGCGUUCUACAACUGCAAGUUCACGAGCUUUCAGGACACUUUAUGUGAUGAUAAAGGCAGACAUUUUUUCAAGGACUGCUACAUCCAAGGCUCCUACGAUUUCAUCUUUGGAAAUGGAAAAUCCAUCUACUUGAGAAGUACCAUAGAAUCGGUUGCAAAGGGUUUGAGUGUUAUAACAGCACAAGGGAGGGAAAGCGUUGCAGAAGAUACUGGAUUCAGUUUCCUUCACUGCAACAUUACGGGGAGUGGUAACAGGAACACUUACCUCGGACGUGCGUGGAAGAAGAGCCCUAGAGUGGUAUUUGCUUACACUUACAUGGGCUCCCUCAUCAGUGCCCGGGGAUGGUUCACCAAUCAACUUCCUCAACGCAAGUCCAACCAGACAAUCUACUAUGGAGAAUAUAGGUGCAUGGGAGCAGGAGCUUUUUCCUCUGGGCGUGUAAAAUUUCGGAAGAUACUGUCGUAUGAAGAAGCAAAGCCCUUCAUGAGCAUGGCCUAUAUUCAUGGAGGAAAGUGGGUUGUCCCACCUCCAAAGCUGUGACCAUGUGAGCAUUAAUUGUUAUGAGAGAAACCACUCAUACAUGCUUGUAUCAUCAUUGUGCUGUGCGACUAUACCUGUCUACUAGUGUAACAAACAAACUGUUACGUAAAACUUUGAAAACCUUGUUGGGUGUACUUGAUUGUUGUAAGAAAUAAUU